UAUAACAAUUCGGAAUGGCAUUUGAAAAUAUGAGACAUAUAACAUUAACAUUUUAAAGCUAAAACCUACACUAUACACCAAAAGAUAUAAAAACUGUACAAUAAAAAAUAAAUACACAAAUAUAAUUAAAAAACAUGGAAGACACAAAAGAGGAGGAAACAACUAUUCGUUCUCUGACUGAGGACCAGGCCACAGAAAUUUGCGAAACAUUCGCGCUUUAUGAAACCCAUACACCUGGAAUGAUUAGUCAAAAUGAUCUCGGCGAUGUGAUGUACCAACUGGGAAUAAUUCGCACUGAAUCGGAGAUCAACUGUAUGUUUCAGGAAUUUGAAUAUGAGUUAAACGAGGGGGUCACGGUAGCGCAGUUCCUCCAUGUUAUGACCAAAGUCUACCAGCAGCUGUACGACAAGGAUUCCCUGAAGGCAGCUUUCGACGCGAUCGAUGAGACUAAAAAUGCCUCAAUUCACGGCAGCGAUCUGCGCCACUUUGCCCUGUCCAUGGGUAUGAAGUUCACAGAUCUGGAGUUCGAUGAAAUGUUUAAACAGGUCGACUUUGAUGGCGAUGGUAAAAUUGGCUGGACAGAUUUUGUAAAAGCUGUUACAAAGCCCUGAAUUGGUUAUAUAAGAAUAUGAGUAAAAGACACGCUUUUCAAGAUGUGCGACAGCAUUAAAUAGUUUUUCUACUCGUAAGGUAAAAUGGAAUAACUUAUUCGUCGGAAAGUAUGUAACUGGUAGAAGGAACCGUAUGCGAGUGAAAUCAGUUAUCUUGUCGCUAAGAAUUUUGAUUACAUGGCAGUUUAAAUAAAA